AUGUAUGAUUUGUGUCUGCAGAUUCUGGGUUGGUACACAAUCAUCAUCGCAGGUACAUUUGGGCUCAUUGGAGCCUGCUACACGAACUGCCAUUCCAAAGUUAGCUUUCUCCAGCUCACAUUCUGGAAACGUUAUGUGGAGAAAGAAAAUGAACACUUUGAUGCCUACACUUUGGAGUAUGCAUCCAAACUGGCUGAAAGAAACCUACAAAGUUUUUUUGAGAACAAGGUUCCCGAUCCAUUCCGUUUCCCCAACCACAAGGCUUGGGAGGAGAUCUCAGCACUCUACAGUUUCUCAAGGAGCGAACAAUAUUACAGUACCUUGCAACGUUAUGUGGAAAGAGCAGACAGGGACUUUGCUCGUGAGAAGAGCCCUGUCAUGGACUUGGAGCAUGGAAAUGAAAUGAAAUAG